GCAGUAGUCUAACUAGGGAUAUUAGCAUUUCCCAUUCGCAGUAGUCUCAUUCCAACAUCGACUCGACUACGAUACACGUAUAGAGAAAAAGUAAGAAAAUUAUACGUUAAAAUCAGUUUAAACCGGUUUCUGCCUUCUGAAAAAAAGAAAAAUAGGAAUAGCUCUCCAGAAAAUUCGGAUAAGUUUUCCAGCAAAAUUGAAUUUCAUUGUUUCUCGUGCUCGUAAUCAUGCGUGAGAUUGUGCACAUUCAGGCUGGCCAAUGCGGCAACCAGAUCGGAGGCAAGUUCUGGGAGGUGAUCUCGGACGAGCAUUGCAUUGACGCUACGGGGACAUAUUAUGGCGAUAGUGAUCUGCAGUUGGAGCGCAUCAAUGUCUAUUACAACGAAGCCACUGGCGCCAAGUAUGUGCCACGGGCCAUACUUGUCGACUUGGAGCCGGGCACCAUGGACUCUGUGCGCUCGGGAGCUUUUGGGCAGAUCUUUCGGCCCGAUAACUUUGUUUUCGGCCAGUCUGGCGCAGGCAACAACUGGGCCAAGGGUCACUACACUGAAGGCGCCGAGUUGGUGGACUCUGUGCUGGAUGUGGUUCGCAAGGAAUCUGAGGGCUGCGAUUGUCUCCAAGGCUUUCAGCUAACUCACUCCUUGGGCGGGGGCACUGGAUCGGGCAUGGGCACAUUACUCAUUUCGAAAAUUCGAGAGGAGUAUCCAGAUCGUAUCAUGAAUACCUUCUCCGUUGUACCAUCGCCUAAGGUGUCGGACACCGUGGUCGAGCCCUACAAUGCUACUCUAAGCGUCCAUCAGCUGGUGGAGAAUACGGAUGAAACAUACUGCAUCGAUAACGAGGCUUUGUAUGACAUUUGUUUCCGCACGCUGAAGCUUACCACGCCCACCUAUGGUGAUCUGAACCAUUUGGUGUCGGCUACAAUGUCUGGAGUGACCACUUGCUUGCGCUUUCCCGGUCAGCUAAAUGCUGAUCUGCGUAAGCUGGCUGUCAACAUGGUGCCUUUCCCGCGUCUACACUUUUUUAUGCCCGGAUUUGCGCCGUUGACCUCUCGUGGGUCCCAGCAAUAUCGCGCUUUGACCGUACCCGAGCUGACUCAGCAGAUGUUUGAUGCCAAGAACAUGAUGGCCGCUUGUGAUCCACGACAUGGUCGCUAUCUAACCGUUGCGGCCAUCUUCCGUGGGCGCAUGUCCAUGAAGGAGGUGGACGAACAGAUGCUCAAUAUUCAAAACAAGAAUAGCAGCUUCUUUGUCGAGUGGAUACCGAACAACUGCAAGACAGCCGUGUGCGAUAUUCCGCCUAGAGGUCUGAAGAUGUCGGCCACUUUCAUUGGCAACUCGACAGCUAUUCAGGAGCUGUUCAAGCGUGUCUCCGAGCAGUUUACGGCUAUGUUCCGCCGCAAAGCUUUCUUGCAUUGGUACACCGGCGAGGGUAUGGAUGAAAUGGAAUUUACAGAGGCCGAGAGCAACAUGAACGAUUUGGUAUCUGAAUAUCAGCAGUACCAGGAGGCCACUGCCGACGAGGAGGGUGAAUUCGAUGAGGAUGAGGAGGGUGGCGGCGAUGAAUAGUUUGAAAAAUACACUUUACAUUUGAGGUUACUCACGUACGCGCAACCCUUAACAGAAGAAACAAACGACCGACUACUAUAUUCCUAUGAAUACUUUCCACUUGUGUUCGCUAUUUGUUACAUAGUUAAAAUGUUCUGCUUCCUAAAUGAUGGUGCGACAAAUGUAUAUACACGAAUAAAAGAAACGUGUUUCGAAAAACUUCA